AUGAGUACAGCGCUGUCUUUCCGGGACAACGGUACCCCCGACUACAGCGGGCCCCCACACAAGAGAAGAAGAAUGCGUUCUGGGAGCUGUUUCUUGCUACCCCUCCCGAAUGAAGACAACCCGCGGGAAUUCCGAGCUCUGAUCAACCGAGCAAGCACCGAAGCCGAAGUGUGGGUUGCCGCAUUAAUCAUCGAGAGUGCUCUGAUAUCCCACGGUACCCAGGAGUUGAUGACUUGUCGUUAUGGAAUUCAAAAGGGCAAGAGGAAGUUGGAGAAGAAAAUGCUAAGGAUGGUAACCGAAAUUUGUGGAUCUGUCCACGAUGAAAAAUACGAUCGACUCUACCAAGAACACUUCCCGUUCUGA